UAUAUAAUUGUACACAUUUUCGAGGAAUUCUAGUUUGUUUAGUUUUCUAAUCGUAUGUUUGAUCUUACGCAAGGCGCACCCAUUUUUUGUUCAUUUUUUCUUUUCUUAUACAAUUUGCUUAAGAAUCCUCGGAUCUCUCUAAAAAAAUCCAUUGAUUUUACUCUCAAUAAUAAUGCUCUUCUUCUCUCUCUAAUCCGAUAGUCUUGGAUUCAACAGAUAAACAUUUACCUGAGCAAAUUAAUAUACAAUCGUAUACACGGAAGGGUGAUUGCGUGUGAAAAUUGCGUUUGAAAUGGCAUGUGAAAGAUUAUAGAGAAGAUUUGGGGUCCAAGAAAAAAUCAAAUUCCAAUAAGAAUUCUCUCUGUGUCUGAAGAUAAAGACAUGUCGAUCUCAGGACUUCGUGUUAAGCAUGAAAAAGAACUAGAAAAUUUGACUCUGAUAACACAGCCUGUCAGAACACUGAAGUUUUUCAUUCUAGCUGUUGUUAAGUACCUCAGGCGCUCAGUAGCAUAUCUUUUGUCACAUGGUGGUUGGAUUAUGCUGUUCAGUACCAUUAUUGCGAUAGCUGGGGUACUACUUGUGACUAUUGAUGGCCCUCAUGAGAAGCAUGUUGAGGAAGUUCUACGUUAUAUACAGUUUGGAUUAUGGUGGGUGGCUCUUGGCGUUGCAUCUUCUAUUGGCCUUGGAUCUGGGUUGCACACUUUUGUUCUCUAUUUGGGGCCCCAUAUUGCUUUAUUCACGAUUAAAGCAAUGCAAUGUGGCAGAAUAGACAUCAAAAGUGCUCCGUAUGAUACAAUACAAUUGAAAAGAGGCCCUUCAUGGCUUGGGAAGGAUUGUGCAGAUUUCGGACCCCCUUUGUUUUUGCCUUCACGUGGUACACAGGUUCCGCUUGGUAGCAUAUUGCCCCAGGUCCAAUUAGAGGCAAUCCUGUGGGGCCUUGGGACUGCACUUGGAGAACUUCCGCCGUAUUUUAUUUCUAGGGCAGCGAGCAUAUCAGGUGAUAGAGUGGGUGCCAUGGAAAACUUGAAUGUGUCCACAAGCGAAGAGAAUGGCAUUAUAUCUGCUAGGCUAAAUGAAAUUAAGCGCUGGUUCCUGUCACAUGCCCAAUACUUGAACUUCUUUACUAUUCUAGCUCUUGCUUCGGUGCCAAAUCCUUUAUUUGAUCUUGCAGGAAUCAUGUGUGGACAAUUUGGCAUUCCUUUUUGGGAGUUUUUUCUGGCAACAUUGAUAGGGAAAGCAAUCAUCAAAACUCACAUACAGACAGUGUUUAUUAUUUGUGUGUGCAACAAUCAACUUCUCAACUGGAUAGAAAAUGAAUUGAUUUGGGUGUUCAGUUUUGUACCUGGGUUCAACUCUAUCCUACCCAACCUAAUCGCCAAGCUUCAUUCCAUGAAAGACAAGUACAUGGCAAUGAAACCAAACGUUUCUUCAAAGAUUGAGGCGAAGAAAUGGGAUUUCUCAGUUGCUUUCAUAUGGAAUACCAUAGUAUGGUUCAUGCUGAUUGGUUUUUUCGUUAAGAUUGUGAAUGCAACUGCACAAAGGUAUCUAAAGAAACAGCAAGAAGAGGAAAUAGCUGAUUUGAAGAACAAGUCAUCGAAGAUUUCGGGUGAUUCUGAUCGUUCUCCUAGAUGAACUUCCAAUUCUUUUUCUUUUUACCUUUGUUAUGAUUAAUCGAAGUUAGAAAGUUAGAAGGUUUAGUGACAGUUAUGGUCACCAUUGAAGUUUCUAAAAUGAAUUUGCAUCUUUAAGCCUCCAGUUGGAAUUUGUAUAGAAAGAACCGAAAUUGCAGGAACCAUUAGUUCGGGGUACUGCGAGAGAACUUACAAGCAGAUGUUAACAGUUUGUGAGUUCUGAUUAUUUUUUGGCAUUGGAGGAUAAAUUACUUUCAUUCUGCUUGAUAUUUGGAUUA